GUAGUAACGCGCUGGGGCCCGUGGUCUCGCUGGACGACUUGCUCGGCGUCGUGCGGCGCGGGCACGCAGGCGCGCGCUCGUCGUUGCCGCGGCCCUCAGCCCUGCUAUGGAGAUAAUGUGCAAAUACGAAAAUGUCCCAAUCUGCCAAAAUGUGAGCCUAUCUCCGAAAAGCGAGACGUCGAAUAUUUUACCAGCAGUGAACAAACGACAGAGACGGACCCGUACCUGCCUGAAGCGACUUACGAAAUGCAGCCGGAAGCUAUGGCACCACCACCAGAUGUUGAAGAGUUUCACAUUAAAGCAGAGCCGAAACCAUCUUCCGUAUACGAUGUGAACGUGACCAGUAAUCUGGACUUCAGCGAGCGCGGCCCGUGCCGGCCCGGGUACCGCCACAACCGGUCCACCAACACUUGUGACGACAUAGACGAAUGCAGUAUCGAGUACAACCAGUGUCACGCUACGCAACUGUGCGGGAAUACCGCGGGCGCCUACCGCUGCUCGUGCCCGCCCGGCUUCUCCUCGCUCGGGCCGGGCCAGCGCUGCUUGGACAUCAACGAGUGCGAGCAAGAAGUGUCGGGCUGCGAGUACGCGUGCGUGAACGUGGCGGGCGGCUACGCCUGCGCCUGCCCGCGCCAGCUGCGCCUGCACCUCGACCGCCACCACUGCGUGCCGCCAUCAGCGUAUCGGCAGCCUUUCGCUUUCGAGAACCUCGAACUGGGGGACUAUCUCAGCGCAUCUUUCGGCCGGCCCCCCAGCCGAACGAGAACACUGGAAUUUGAACCUUAAAAUGCUUAAACGGUAAAUAAAAUUGUAAUUAUUUAUUUUGCCACGCCCCUUUUUUCAAUAAGUUGAGGAGGUAGGUAAUGUGAAAAUGU